AAAAAAGACAGAAAAAGGUUUUGGAUAAUGGGAUAACCCUCCAAACGAAGCUGCGGAAGAGGAAACUACAUCCUUCGAGCGUGAAGAGGAGGAGGAAGAAGAGAAAUCGAUUCUUUGUCUGCAAAUUCCAUGGCGGUUUCAAGUGUAUCGUCGUUCCUGUUGCCCUCCUUCGCCAUUCCAACCUCUUCGGCUUCUCCUAACAGACUGAAAGUCUCUCUGCUUCCGUCUUCUACCCAUGGCGGCCUUAAUUCAUGCGUCGUCAAGAAACCAUCCAUCUCGUUUACGAAGGUCUUCGCGACUGCUGAAACCUUAGAUUCAGUUCCCGAAACUAUCGAUGAACCCACCUCUGAGGAAUACUCCGAGGUUCCGAGCUCUUCCUCGAUCAGUGUAGACGCGGAUAAGAUGGCGCCAAAGCAAAAGAUUAGGAUCAAGCUUAGAUCGUACUGGGUGCCUCUUAUUGAGGAUUCUUGCAAGCAGAUACUUGACGCUGCAAGAAAUACAAACGCAAAGACGAUGGGUCCUGUUCCGUUGCCGACCAAGAAGCGUAUCUACUGUGUUCUCAAGUCUCCUCACGUUCACAAGGAUGCGAGGUUCCACUUUGAAAUCCGGACACACCAGCGGAUGAUCGACAUUCUCUACCCGACUGCUCAAACCAUUGAUUCGUUGAUGCAACUUGAUCUUCCUGCUGGUGUUGAUGUGGAGGUGAAGCUUUGAAGAACAAGCGUAACGAAACUGGUGAUGUGCACUUGCAUUGCAUGAACAAACUGUUUCAAAUCAACCACAUUGCUUUAGAAUUGGUAAGCCAUGUAUCAUCCUUUUGAGAGCCUCUGUAAUGAAAAUGUAAUUGUCUUCUCUGGUCCUAGCAAAGUUGAAAUCUUUAGUCAAUCUUGUUCUUAGUUGAUGAACAAAUCCGCAAGUUCAAAGGAAUAUUUUUUUUUUUC